AUGAUAAGAAGGGCGUUGAAAAAAACUAAAAUGAAUGGAGUCUUUGCAAUAUAUAAACCAUCAGGGAUAUCAUCAGCAAAUUUUAUAAAUGAUAUACAAGAUUUGUUCACAAAUUCAAGAAAAUUUGCAUCAGAUUUAAAAGCUGCAAGAGACAAAGUAUAUUAUGAUCUAAGUAGAGAUAAAAAGUGGCAAAAAAGAGCAAGGAAGAAAGCUGAUUCGACAAAGGUGAAAAUAGGUCAUGGUGGAACAUUGGAUCCUUUAGCGAGUGGUGUUCUAGUUGUUGGCGUUGGAUCAGGAACUAAGAAAUUACAAUAUUAUUUAGCUGAAUGUCAAAAGACUUAUGAAACAAAAGCACUACUUGGAAUAUCUACAACUACAGGAGAUUCAGAAGGGGAAAUAAUAACCAAAAAUGAAACUGAGCAUAUAACUCCUGAAUUGGUAAUUGAAGCAACUAAAAAGUUUAUUGGAGACAUUAAGCAAACACCACCGAUUUUUUCAGCAUUGAAAGUCAAUGGGAAACCAUUAUAUGAAUAUGCAAGGGAAGGCUUGCCAUUACCAAAAGGUAUCAAAGUACGAGAUGUUAAGGUGCAUGAUAUAUCGGUUGUUUUAGAUGACUUACUUACCAAAGAUCACGAGUUUACAAAGUUAGAAAGUCAACUAGACGAAAACGGAGUACCAAAAGAGCAUGGAUUAAUGAACAACCCAACACUAAAUGAUUCGCCACUAUAUUUUUCAAGACAAUACUUAGAAAAAUCAGACAAAUCAAAAGUCAAUAACCCAAGAAUACUAGCCGAUGGUGAAGAAUUGCCUGAAAAGCUACCUUUAAUACAUUUUAUUUCAGAUGUGUCAUCAGGUACAUAUAUCAGAAGUUUAAUAAGUGACAUAGGAAGAGCAUUGGAGCUGUCAGCAUAUAUGGUAGAAUUAAUUAGGUCAAAACAAUCAGAGUGGGAGUUGAAUAAGAACGUCUUUAAAUUUGAAGAUUUCAAAAAAGAUGAAAAUAUAUGGGGUCCUGUGUUGCAAAAAGUGCUUAAAAAUGGUGGUGAAAAUAUAAAUUUAGCUGAGGAGCUUGACGAAGCUGAGAAAACUUUUAAAGAGGCAACAGAGGAUGAAGACGACGAACCUACAGAGAAAGUUUCUGUUGGUGAUAGUGAAAAAACUGAAGAUGAAAUUCAUAAAAAGAGAACAAUUGAUCAAGUUGAUUAA